AUGAAGACGAGCCCCUGGGCCUUGACAACCACGCUGCUACUAGUGCUUGGACUUUGCCAGAGCCACCCACCAGAACCAGGGCGCAGCACCGAGACGACGCUCGACCGUCGCCAGUUAGGCGAUGUUGAUACCGAAUCUCCGACACAUGUGUACCGCGGCGAGAUCGGGAGGACCCCAGAGGACGUUGAAAAGGAUGGCGGAUUUUACUCACGAGGCCUGCAGAAGUCACAAUCAUAUGGAGGCAGCAGUCUCUCUGACGUGGAGAUGCAGGAAGGCAGCAGCCUGUUUCGCCACGCCGCAGGAGAUACAGCCGAAUAUACGCGCUAUGUCUCGACAAGUACUGAUCCUGGCGUGUCGCUCACAUUCGCCAUUAAUGAUGAGAAGCCAGAGGAAAAGGGUUUCGUUUACAAGAUCCACGCUGAUAAAAAAUUAGUAAAUGUCAACAAGUCCCUUGGCAAAUACUCCCCUUAUCCCGCGCAAAAAGAACACGCAGCUGUGGGUUUUAUCCCAUUUGAGCAGAUUGAAGGCUGGUGGCAAGUCACAUAUUUGGAUGACUUUUCUGACCCCAAGAUCGGCAAGGUGACCCAAGAGAGGCUGCGAAACGAAAAGUUCAAGGCCUUCCAGAAGAAUACAAAGUUUAACAAGAACACAUUCCAGAAUCAACGAGGCGCGGGCGUUGCACCACAGCUCGCGGGGUUCCCUCGGCUCUCGACGGCGUGGGAAGAGGACCCGUGGAAGCAAUUCAAGGCGCAGGACGUGCAAAAGAACCUCGACGACCUGAUUACUUCUGCAUGUGCCGGCAAGGACAGCUGCAUGACGCAGCUCGGCCACUCGUCCAAGCAGAAAAGCGCCAAGGUGCCCUGGACCGCCAACGCCGCCGACGGACCCGACGCGAGGCCGGCGAAGCCCAAGCCAAAGCCAGCGGCAGUCAAGAGCGGCUUCCGGGUGCACGGGAGAGCGGGGACGCUGGUGGGCUUCAGCAUCCUGGCGCCGUACCUGCAAGACGUGCUCAGGCGGCUGCGAGGCUGGGACCAUCCCAUCGGCCAGACGGUCAAGUUGUUCGACGACGGCGUCAACGCGGCGCAGGAGGCGAUUGGGGGCCCGCCGCGCAACGACAUCAGCGGCAACGACAACCAGGCGGCGCUCAUCAACUUCUUCAAGCGCGUCUUCUGGGCGCUGCAGAGUGUGACGCCGGGGCAGGAGCGGCCCGCGGACCUGGCGCUCCUGUCGUACGGGGAGAAGAGCAGGAGGCGGCUGGACAGCGUCAACGACGUCCUCCGCACCUGCGAGCGCGUCGAUGCCGUCCCGCCCGACGAGCAGGAGCAGCAGCAGCAGCAGCAGCUGGGCGCCAAGGUGCACAAUACCUGUGCCGACCUCCGCAAGAGGGCCAUGGAGAUUGAGGCGCCCGCCGCCGCAAAGCUGGUGACGGGGCAGGCUGCCUGCUUGGUCUGCGGGCUGGCCUGGGAUGUGACGGGCAACAGGUGCCUGGAUACGACGGGCGCCGUCCGCUGGCCGCCCAAGUCCCCCGAGAGCUACUCGCCCGAGACGCCAGAUGCAUCAAGCAAGUGUCGCGAUGCGACUGGCAUCAUCCCGUGUGGAGGUGGACAGACAGCGGCAGGACUCAAGAUAGGACGUGCCGUCUGUGCAAUCUGCGGGUUUGCGUGGGACGCCGAAGGCGGUAAAUGCAGGAAUAGAUCUGGGGUGCUCGUCUGGCCUCUGAGGCCUUGA